AACCCGGCCCCUGAAUCAUGAAGAAAGUAGCCGCGCUUCAACGGUAUAAUACAUCUUCUAGGUGGAAUAUAAAAUGCCAGAAGUAGUACUGAAACAUCACACACCGGCAUCAUCUUGGAAUAGACAUCGCGGAUCAGUCUAUAAAUUAUACUCCUCACCAUCUAUCAUCUACUCUAGAACCAAGUGUCACCUAUCCUUAGACUAUGGCGACUAAAUCUACAGUCCCAAUCCCCGAGCCGCCGCAACUCCCGCUCUUGGGGUAUGUUACCGGCAUUGACCCGGAAAAUGCUCUCAUAUCUUUUGCUAGAAUUUCGGAGAACUAUGGCGAGAUCUUCCGCGCACGCGUGCCAGGAGCUAGCCUGGUAUUCGUAAGCACGCAUACCUUGGUUGACGAGGUUUGCGAUGAAAAGAGGUUUCAGAAGAAGCCCAAUGAUGUUUUAACACAACUCAGGGCAGGUCUCCGCGACGGAUUGUUUACGGCAACAAACGAUGAGCCGAACUGGGGCAUCGCCCAUCGUGUCUUGAUGCCAGCUUUUGGACCGAAGGGUAUUCGGGACAUGUUCGACGAGAUGAAAGACAUAGGUUCGCAGCUUGCUUUGAAAUGGGCCAGACACGGGCCAUACGCAAAAAUUAACGCACCCGAAGACUUCACACGUCUUACUCUCGACACGAUCGCUCUUUGCUCUAUGGGAUUUCGAUUCAACAGCUUCUACUCCGAGGAUUUACACCCAUUCGUAAAAGCCAUGGUGGAAUUCCUUCUUGAGAGCGGACGGAGGGCACAGCGACUACCAUUUCCUUCAUUCCUUUAUCGGACACGAGACAAAAUAUACGAAUCCCACAUUGCCGUCCUCGCCGAGACAGCUCAAGCCGUCUUAGAUGAGCGACUUGCGGAUCCCGAGAAUGAGAGAAAAGACCUCCUCUCAGCUAUGCUUAAAGGACGAGAUUCGCUUAGCGGACAGAAGAUGAGUGAUGCUUCCAUUAUCGAUAACUUGAUCACAUUUCUGGUUGCUGGGCACGAAACUACUUCUGGGAUGUUGUCUUAUGCCAUGUAUAGAUUAUUGAAGAACCCAGACGCUUACCGCAAGGUGCAACAAGAAGUUGAUCAAGUUAUCGGCAAAGGUCCUGUGACAGUACAGCACAUGCAAAAACUUCCAUAUAUCACAGCAGUUCUCCGUGAAGCACUACGGUUAGAUUCGCCAAUCCCGAUAUUUGGAAUAAGCCCCGUGGAGGAUACAUUGCUUGCUGGAAAAUACCAAGUCCGCAAAGGAGAAUUUAUUCAAUGUCUUCUCAGUAAAGCACAUCUUGAUCCAACAGUGUUUGAGGAUCCUAUGGCCUUUAAACCAGAAAGGAUGCUUGACGAGAACUUCAGUAAACUACCAAAGAACGCGUGGAAACCAUUUGGCAAUGGUGCUAGAGCCUGUAUUGGUCGACCAUUCGCGAUGCAGGAGGCCGUCCUUACUAUGGCUAUUCUCUUCCAGAAUUUCAACUUCGUCUUAGCAGAUGCAGACUAUGAGCUACGAAAUAAACAGACCCUGACUAUUAAACCCGAUAAUUUCUUCAUACGAGCCAUAUUACGCGACAGCUUAGAUCCCGUCAAGCUUGAGCAUCGACUUUCUGGAAUCGAAUCAGUGUUGGACAAGCCGAAGACACGUGCAAAUGGCCUAGACCAUAAGCAUAUGGGUCAUGAUCAGCAGCCCAUUGCUAUCAUGUACGGCUCCAACAGCGGCACUUGCGAGUCAAUGGCUCAGCGGUUAGCUUUUGAUGCUGCAUCCCACGGGUAUAGAGUAUCUACUAUGGACUGUAUGGAUGCUGCAGUGGAAAAACUCCCGGAGAAUCAGCCCAUUAUCUUUAUAACAGCAAGUUACGAAGGACAACCUCCAGAUAACGCGGCCCAUUUCGUUUCUUGGAUUAACAGCAUCGAAGAUAAGUCAGCUCUCCACGGGUCGUCAUACGCAGUCUUUGGAUGUGGCCAUCACGAUUGGUCUCAGACAUUCCAUCGAAUUCCUAUACUCGUAAAUACAAGGCUGGAAGACCUCGGCGCAACUAAGAUUGCGGAAUUGGGCCUUGCGGAUGCUGCCCGGGAAGAUCCAUUUGUUGCUUUUGAGACAUGGGAAGAUAAUGUGCUCUGGCCAGCCCUAAAUACGUUGAGAGUUGGUAAGGGAUCGGACGGGCGGCCGGGAAUGCACCAUGCAUCGUUGACGGUGGACGUAUCGAAUACGCGCCCAUCUAUACUUAAACAAAGUGUAGAAGAGGGGCGUGUGCUCGCAACCAAACUACUAACUGCAGACGGCGAACCUGCGAAGAAACAUGUGGAAAUUCAGCUCCCGGCCGGCGUUUCUUAUAUGCCUGGGGACUACCUGUCCGUCUUGCCUAUUAACCCCAAGGAAACGGUCCAAAGGGCCAUGCGCAGAUUUGGAUUACCGUGGGAUACAAGCAUCAAAAUUUCAGGUACCGGUAUUAUAAGGCUGCCUACUAACGAAAUGGUACCUGCUAGUAGCAUAUUGGGCGACUUCGUAGAGCUCGCCCAGCCGGCUACCAAACGAAACAUCCUCACGUUGGCCGAUGCAACCGACAGCGAGGACGAUCGUAGAGUGCUGAAGAACCUAACCACCGAAAACUACGAGGUAGAAGUACUUGCAAAGCGAGCAUCGGUAUUAGACUUAUUAGAAAUGUUUCCCUCUAUCAACUUAAGUCUAGGGUCUUUUCUGGCGAUGCUACCGCCCAUGCGUCUUCGCCAAUAUUCUAUCUCGUCGUCGCCGCUAGAGGAUCCUCUGAAGGUCUCUAUUACUUUCUCCUUGGUUUCGGGACGCGCCAAAUCUGGCCGAGGAAAUUACAUAGGCGUCACGAGCUCCUAUCUGGGAGGUCUUGAAACCAACGAUAGACUUCGCGUGUCUGUGCGACCGUCUCAUAUGGCCUUUCACUUGCCAGAUACUCCGGAGAAGACGCCACUGAUUCUUGUCGCAGCGGGGAGCGGCAUAGCGCCUUUCCGUGGCUUUAUUCAACAUCGUGCUGCGAUGAUCAGAUCAGGCCGUAAACUAGCUCCAGCUGUGCUAUAUCACGGCUGUCGGGAACCGCGUAAAGAUGAUGUGUAUUCCGCAGAAUUUACCGAGUGGGAAAAGGCUGGAGCUGUUAUAAUUAAACGAGCAUUUAGUAGAAAACCGGAGGAGUCAGGCGGAUCCAAGUACGUACAAGACAUCGUAUGGGCAGAUCGACUCGGUUUUCUCCGAUUGUGGCAAGAGGGCGCACAGAUCUACAUCUGUGGCUCACGGAAGGUCAGCCAGGGGGUUGAAAAGGUCAUCAAAAAUAUACGCCAGGAAGAAUCGAAGCUAAAGGGGGAGUACCUGAGCGACGAAGACGCGAAAAUAUGGUGGGACGAGUUGAGAAAUGUCCGAUACGCCACCGACGUGUUUGACUAGAUGGUAUACCAUUCGCAUGAAUUCGUCAAAAGCAUUGAUACGCUCAGCUCGAUGAAAGAUACCUACUAUUAGAUUGAAACUAGGUAUAUAUGUAUAAUCCAAGAUAUCAUACCAAAGAAGAUUACCAGUUUUCGGGUGAAGGCCCUGAAACAGUAAUGGGUCGAGUGCCCGAACCGAGGCGGCUUGCUCUGGACUGAAAUGGCCUUUAAGACUCACUGGCAAAGGGUUCAGAGCGUAGUCGUGAGGAAGAAGAUACCUGCAAACAUUGCUAUUGCUUCCGCUGGCCUCUACUAGAAUCGUCUCUUCUGUAAAUGUGUCAUCUUCGAAAUGUGUUCUAACCCCUCCCUCGAUCUUUUCCGUCGAUGUUAGCUUCUUCCCUUGUUGAUUUCGUCUGUGAGGAUACAACGUAGUUUCUGUUGGUUUAAUAUGAGCCGAUUUUUUGAUGGAGGGCUCCUGUAAUGAAUCUCGCUUCAUAAUACAUCCUGUCAAUAUGCUAUUUCGGCAUUCAGGAAUAGAAAUUACCUCCAUCGCUCUUCAAUGAUCUAUCAACUACUCCUCGUCACCUAUUAGCAGUGAAAGACAACGCAGGACGAUCAUACAUAUG